CUCCACUGCGCCAACCUGCAGGCGGGCGGGCGGCAGCAGCCCCGCCCGGCCUGGCCUCGGUCUGUGCGGAGCCGCACCUCCGUCCCGGGCAGAGCCGAGAGCAGCCGCGUCCCGCUGCGUCGGUCCUGGGCUGCAGCUUGCUGGCGGCGAGGGCAACGCGCAGCGGCAUCUUGGAGCGUCUUCUUUCCUCUUCCAUCUCUCUCAGCCUGCUCCUCUCGUACCUGCAGCCUUUUCUUCUCCCUCUACUCCUCCUACCUUGUUAUUUCUCUUUUUCUCCCCUUUCUCUUCCCGUUUUGUGUUUUUUGGGGCGUUUUUGCUUUGCCUCUCUUCCUUCUUCCCCCAUCUUGUUCUUUCCUGGACCCUCUUCAUCUAGUGCUUCUUAAUUUCUUGAUUUCUUCUGAUUUUUUUUUCUUUGGACUUUGCCUUGUCAUGUCAAGAUGGAAGUCAGGCAUGACUGGCUCUCCUCAUCCCCCCAUGAGGGCUUCGAGCAGAUGAGGCUGAAGAGCAGACCCAGAGAGCCUUCCCCAAGCCUCACCAGAGUAGGUGCGAACUUCUACAGCACUGUCAAGCAGCAGGACUACAGUGCCAGUGUCUGGUUGAGGAGGAAAGACAAACUGGAGCACUCCCAGCAAAGAUGCAUUGUGAUCUUUGCACUGGUAUGCUGCUUUGCAAUUCUGGUUGCACUCAUAUUUUCGGCAGUGGAUAUUAUGGGAGAAGAUGAGGAUGGACUCUCAGAAAAGAACUGUCAAAAUAACUGUCGGGUUGCUCUUGUGGAAAAUAUUCCUGAAGGUAUCAACUAUUCAGACAGUGCACCAUCCCAUUUGUCUCUUUUCCAAGGCUGGAUGAAUUUACUUAAUAUGGCUGAAAAGUCUGUUGACAUAGUAUCUUCCCAGUGGGACCUCAAUCACAGCCAUCCAUCAGCAUGCCAGGGUCAGCGUCUUUUUGAAAAAUUGCUGGAACUGGCAUCCCGAAAUAUUGAGAUAAAACUAGUGAGCGACAUACUGCCUGUGGAAUCAAAGGUAUUAAACGACUUGAAAGCAAAGGGUGCUGAAGUGUUGUAUAUGAACAUGUCAGCAUAUAAUGAAGGUCGGCUUCAGUCAUCUUUCUGGAUUGUUGAUAAACAGCAUGUGUAUAUUGGAAGUGCCAGCCUAGACUGGAGAUCACUGGGACAGAUGAAGGAACUCGGCCUCAUCGUAUACAACUGUAGCUGCCUGGUCCUGGAUUUACAAAGGAUAUUUGCCCUGUACAGUUCACUGAGAUACAAGAAUAAAAUACCACCAAGCUGGUCUAAGAGACUAUAUGGAGUGUAUGAUACUCAAAAUAAACUGACAUUGCAGCUGAACGAGACAAAAUCAGAAGCUUUUGUGUCGAAUUCACCUAAACUCUUCUGCCCAAAGGACAGAGUCCUGGAUAUUGAAGCUAUAUACAGUGUUAUCGAUGAUGCAAAACAGUUUGUAUACAUAGCUGUGAUGGACUACUUGCCGAUCGUCAUUGACACCAAUGCUAAACGGUACUGGCCAUAUUUAGACGGGAAGAUAAGAGAAGCGUUAGUAUUACGAAGUAUUAAAGUACGACUUCUCAUAAGUUUCUCAAGAGACACAGAUCCCCUUACUUUUAACUUCGUUUCAUCUCUGAAAGCUAUUUGCACUGAAGUUCCAAGCUGUAGUUUGAAAGUUAAAUUCUUUGACCUUGAGGAAGAGAAUGCGUGCUUUCUUAAAGAACAGAAGAACACUUCCCUUCCCAAAUUAAAUCGUAACAAAUACAUGGUGACUGAUGGAGCUGCAUAUAUUGGUAAUUUUGAUUGGGUAGGCAAUGCUUUUACACAGAAUGCUGGAGCUGGCCUUGUUAUCAACCAAGCAGACCCGGGAAACAGCACGAGCAUCAUUAAGCAACUCAAGGCUGUUUUUGAAAGGGACUGGUAUUCACAUUAUGCCAAAAGUUUACAACCAACAAAAAUCCCAAACUGCUUUAAUCACAAACUCAAUAAAGUGACAUCAAAUAAGACUGCCAUGAGCAAUGUAAAUUAGAAAAGACUAUUUUACUGUUUAGUAUGGCGAUGAAGAAAUGACACUGGGCUGUAGCCCUCUUUCUUUCAUAUUUACAGACAAAAGACAUAAAAAGCAAAAAAAAAAGUUUGGUUGGGGGGUGUUUUUAGGAAAAAGCACACUUAUAUAAAAACUGUCUAAACUAUAUUCUCUAUAUUGAAUUAUUUAAGAUUUUCAAGUUUGUAACUUCUGACACUGAAUGUCCUUUCUGCUUCCACAUUAAUUUUAAUGUUCUGUGUUUUAAUUUAACAGCAUGUGUCAAUUUUUCUGUUUCAGUUUUAGGAUUUUCCCUUAUUACAAACCUGGCUAGAACAAACUGUGAGGCAAAAUCAGGAUUCAUACUAUGAAAUGGCAGAAUUCUAAGAUCAGUUAUAAUUAAUGGUCAAGUAGAUGGCAGGUUUACUGUGUUAGAAAACAUAACGGAAUAAGCAAACUUUCACCAUACAAAUCAUUCCCUUUAAAUAAAUAGCCAGUCACUCUAAUACUUCCUUAUUUGAGCAUUUAGUUUGAGUAUCACUCCUCCAUGUCUUCAAACUAGCCUUAAAACACAUGAAAGUUACAUGACUGGUAAUUCAUUUAUCAUCUAUCUA